GCCGGCGGGGCGCUCGGCGCUGCGGGUGUGCAUGGCCGUGUGCGCGCGGCCAUGGCUGCGUGAUGGCCCAGCGCGGCCAGCCCGCACCGCUCGCCAUGGCUGCCAAAGAGGAGCUCUACAGCAAAGUCAUCCCCCGGCGGAACCGGCAGCACCGCGCUGGCACCAUCAAACAUGGCUCGUCGCUGGAGAUCCUGCUGUCAAUGGGCUUCCCGAAAGCCAGGGCACAAAAAGCGCUGGCAUCCACAGGUGGAAGAAGUGUUCAAGCAGCAUGCGACUGGCUGUUCUCCCAUGUGGGUGACCCAUUCCUUGAUGACACCCUGCCUCGGGAGUAUGUGCUUUACCUGCGCCCCACCGGGCCCUUGGCUCAAAAGCUGUCUGAAUUCUGGCAACAGUCAAAACAGAUCUGUGGGAAGAACAAAGCUCAUAACAUUUUCCCACACAUCACCCUUUGCCAGUUCUUUAUGUGUGAAGACAGCAAGGUGGAUGCUCUCACUGAAGCUCUGCAGGCCACUGUGAUGCGAUGGAAAUGCAAAUUCCCUGCCCCUCUGCCUUUGGAGCUCUACACGUCCUCAAACUUCAUUGGGCUUUUUGUCAAGGAAGAAAGUGCUGAGGUGCUCAAGAAGUUUGCUGCAGACUUUGCUGCAGAGGCUGCUUCUAAAGCAGAUGUUCAUGUAGAGCCCCAUAAGAAGCAGCUCCACGUGACACUAGCGUAUCAUUUCCAAGCCAGCCACCUGCCCACGCUGGAGAAGUUAGCACAGAACAUCGAUGUCAAGCUAGGCUGUGACUGGGUUGCUGCAAUAUUCUCCCGAGAUAUACGCUUUGUUAAUCACGAGACUCUGCAAGUGAUCUAUCCUUACACCCCUCAGAAUGAUGAUGAACUCGAGCUGGUCCCAGGGGAUUUUAUUUUCAUGUCCCCAGUGGAACAAACCAGUACAAGUGAGGGCUGGAUUUAUGGCAUUUCCCUUGCAACUGGCUGUUCUGGGCUACUGCCUGAAAAUUACAUCACGAAGGCGGAUGAAUGUGGGACCUGGGUGUUUCAUGGGUCAUACUCAAUUCUGAAUACUACAUUGUCCCCAUCCUUUCAAGUCUUCACUGAUGGAGCCCUGGAAAGACGACAACAGGAAGACCAAGGACCUGGCGAUGCAGGGCCACUCACUAUCAUCUGCCAGAACGUGCAGACCCUGAGAAUAACCAGUCAACCAGGGCCUCAGAAACGCUGCCUUUUUGUUUGCAGACACGGGGAGAGAAUGGAUGUUGUUUUCGGGAAGUACUGGUUGUCACAGUGCUUUGAUGCCAAAGGAAGAUAUAUGCGUAGUAACCUGAACAUGCCUCACAGCUUACCUCAAAGAAGCGGUGGUUUCAGGGAUUAUGAAAAAGAUGCACCAAUCACUGUGCUUGGCUGUACACAAGCGAGACUUGUUGGUGAAGCCUUGCUAGAAACUAACACCAUUGUAGACUACAUUUACAGCUCCCCAUCCCUGCGGUGUGUACAGACAGCACACUAUAUCCUGAAAGGUAUGCAACAAGAGAACAACCUGAAAAUUCGAGUAGAGCCAGGCUUGUUCGAGUGGACCAAGUGGGUCUCUGGUAACACACUACCUGCCUGGAUACCCCCUGUGGAUUUAGCUGCAGCUACUCUAAGUGUUGAUACAACCUACAGACCUCAUAUUCCCGUGAGCAAGUUAGUGGUUUCAGAAUCUUAUGACACGUACAUAAGUAGAAGCUAUCAAGUAACAAAAGAAAUCAUCAGUGAAUGUAAAGGCAAAGGAAAUAACAUUCUCAUAGUGGCACACGCGUCCUCUCUGGAGGCUUGUACCUGCCAGCUCCAAGGGCUCUCGCCGCAGAACUCCAAGGACUUUGUACAGAUGGUCAGAAAGAUACCAUACCUGGGGUUCUGUUCGUGCGAAGAACUGGGAGAUACAGGUGUUUGGCAGCUUACAGACCCCCCCAUCCUCCCUCUGACACACGGACCAACCGGAGGCUUUAACUGGAGAGAAACCUUAUUACAAGAAUAGGCAGAGCUACGUGCCCAAGCAAAACAACGGCCUUUCCAAGCACUGGAGAAUGUCUCGUUCCUUGUGUUUCUUGACAGUGGAAAAACAGUCCUCAAACGUUCAGUGGAUCACACGAAAAGCUGUUCUAGCAUAUCUCUUACACAGUCAUAGUCAUGCAAAAAUUCUCAUAUACAAUUAGGAAAAUACAAAAGAGCCUGAUUUGGGGGAAGACAUUAAAACAUAGAUUCAAGCUCUUGCACUGCAGGGAACCUCUGUUUAGUAAGCAGCUCGGGUAGAUUUUCUCCACCUUGAAUGGAGCUCUGAUAAUACCAGUAACUUCCACUGCCUUCUGCACCACGUUAGUAACAACUAGCACUGUGUGAAAGUAGAGCAUCCAGGAUGUUUUUUCACUGCUGUUUUUGGCAAAGCAUUAACAGGCUUGUUCGGGUCCACGUGUUGACACCUUCCUCACAAUCAGCUCCCAAAUUCUCAGCACCUUUUGUAAAGCGUAUCAUCACUUGCUGGAAAAUGAGAGUAUUAGGUGCCUGUGUAACCACCCUGUUGAGCACACAGUGGAUGCUAAGAUUGAACAAUCUGAUCUGCAUCAGAGGAGAAUUCUGAAUUUCACAUCAGUUACAGAUGAAGUUUGCACAUCAAAGGAUAAGCACUGUUGUGAAUGAAGACCAGGAGCAGUUUCUCUUAAGCAGAGAUGAAACAAACCUUUUCCACCCAAACCUGAAGUGUUUAGAAAGGCUUUUCUUUAUUCAGAUUAUUGAAAUCCACCCUUGGGCACAGACCAGCCUAAAGUGUUUCUGUCAUUUAAACCCCCUCAGAAGACCUUCAAGAAGGGUUUUCUGCCUUGCACUGAGAUUGUGCGCCGGUCAUUUACACAGUGGUGGCUUUCUGUCCCUUGUGAGCUUUUCUGUCAGCCCUAGGGAGGUUCUGCAGUAAGCAGCUUUCACCAGGGAGUAAUGACCAAGCCAAAAAGAUAUGCUGAAUUUCAGCCGUGGCCGAAUGUUUUGCUUCCUUCUCUUUAAUUCCUAAGUGCCAUCUGUCAUACAGACAAAACAGAGCUGGGGGGGGGGGGAGGGGGAGCCAGUACCCCUGUAAUUUAGAAGCAACACACUUUGACCUAUUAAGAGGCUAUUUAUCCAGUGGGAGGAGGGUUACGUUUUGGGGAGAAGGGAAAGAGAAGGGUUUCCAUCUGGAGCUAAAAAUCUUUAAAAUGACAAGAACUGCUGCAGCAGACGGAACAGCGGUCCUCUUAGUCCAGCUGCCUGCUCCUGCCAGAUGCCAAUGCUAGCUGCUCCAGAGAACACAGAAAUUCUGCAGUGGGUAGUUUAUGGUAUAAGCUGGUUUCAGGGCAGAUUUCUUUGAAACACAACUAUCUGAAGUCUCCUGCCCUGGAUCAUGAAGUUCCCGCAGCCAUUUGUACUGAUCUUAACUAGCGUAGACUUGUUUUAGGAAAGUGCUUAAAAAUCUGCUUAAAUGGGGUGAAAGAGGAUUUAGGUAUAAUCUUUCCUUAACUUGGGUCAUAAUUCUGAGUAUUCCCAUAAGUCAUAUCAACAAAAGUUCAGAAAUACCACAGAAAAAUUUCUGGCAUCCUAGGAUACAUCUCUUCUUUCCAGUUUUCCCUCUGCAGAAAGUGUUAGUAUCCUUAUUUGAAAGGUUUAUAUAGCACAGAAGUUUAUACUGGCCAAUUUCCACAAAUGCUUGUUAUUUCUAGCGAAGUCCAGGUUUGAUUUUGGGUUAGCUUUUUUUUAACCUCUCAAGCGUUCAGAAGGACUCACAUUACCUUCAGUAGGAUAUGAUCUUUCAGCACUCAACAAACAAGAGGUGAUAAACUGCAAUCCCUCAUUCUUAAACGAGGGAAAACGCUCAUCAGCCCCAAAGUAACAAAGCUUAAAGGGUCUUAGCUCAACGUUGUCCUGCAGUUUUAACUAGCUAAUGAUUGGGACCUUGCCAGGCACCGUACGGGUCUUGAGUCAGAAAAUAGCUCAUCCUGUGCAAUACACAUGCUGACACGAUCCAUAACAGUAGCCCACUAGUUAUACAUUUAUACCUACGUAAUACUUAGUAGGCCAUUCGUAAGUGCAUUAUUAUACCAGAGACAUAUACUGAAAAGUCAGGGAGAUAACUUGAGAGGACAGAAAGAAACUGCUCCCGUGCAGUUAUACUGCUGUCACUUUCAUUUUUAACUGUACUUUAAAUAUUUUCGGCUGUGUACAGACACUCUGAAGAGCGUUUCUGGCCUGUCUGCCUCCAUGCUUACUCACUGCAAAUUUGCAAAGUUUCUUUAAAAUGGAAUAGAUGAAAAUCACACCAAAACUAAUUUGCUUACUGAUGUAUGCGUAAUUCCCUGGAUAGCUUACUGUUUCAUGCCAUGGGCCAGCAAGAUGUGACUUCGGAUAGGAAAUACUGCAUAUAGAAAACAGUAGAGGCAGAUCAGGUCCCAUGGCAGGUAAGCAACGUUACAGGAAAUUUAUAUGGGCAGAAGCAUGGAAGAGAGGGAACAAAACCCAAAUGCACAUAAUUUGAAUAUUGUACUAGCUGAUCUUUGCAUAUAAUAAGCAUUAUAGAGAAAGUGUUCUGUCUGGGAAGGCAGUUGAUGUUAGAAUACUCUCUUCUUAAAAAAAAAGUAUAUUUUUGGAUGUUUGGGAAAGUAUUUUGACAAUUGUCUUAUCUCAGAUUGUUCAAGUGUCGAGAAUCUCAGAAAAAAAUCUUAUUUUCUUUGAGCAUUUUGAUUUCCCUCAGGGGUUUUUGUUACAUAAUCUCAUGUUUACGAGGCUCAUUGGGGAAAAAGGAAAAAAAAUGUUCCUUUGAGGUUUUCAAUUUGAAUGUUAAAAAUAGAAGGGGAUUGCUGCUUCACUUUUAUUCCACUGCUGCUCAUUAACGUAUAUUUAACAUAGCUUGAGUGUUUUGUCCUGAAAAAACAAUAGAUUUGAUCUAUUUAAAAAUGAUUGUAAGUCUUUUCCUUAUCUUCACUGUGAGCUGCAUCAUAUCACAACAGUCUAAUUACAGUAUGGAAGGCAAAUUACAGUUCCUAAAUUCCCCCCCUUUCCCAAUUAAGGAAUAAAGCUGGAAAUACGCCAAGAGUAAAAUAUUCCUCCAGAUUUCCAGAAACAGUAACUUCAGAACUUCAAGAAGCAAAGUCUAACACAACAGUCGCCUAAGCGAUGACACACAGCAACCAAAAAAAAGCAAAAAGAAGGUAUUUGAAAAGGAUCGCUUAGGUGACGGGGAGUCGGGCGAGGCCUUCAGCUGGACCUUUCGCCCGAUCUUCCUACGCUGAAGCGGACUGGAGCGGAUUGCAGCACGCACCAACCCUCACGAUGCGAGCGAGGUGCUGUGUCAGCCUCUGUCUGGGGAUACCUUGCUAGUUCGUUCAAUCAUGAAUUUUCCUCACUUUUAGUGUAGCAGUAGCAACAGCUAAAUGCUUAAAUCCUUUGAGCACAUAGACGGGUUCUGGGCUUAUGUAAAUCGACACUGUUAAAUGAAAUCAACAGAGCCUGUUUUCACAAACUAAGGAGCCAGGUCAUAACUUCAGGGAAAAAAAAAAAAAAAAAAUCUUUUCUUUUUACUCCGUCUGAGCAAUUUUAGAAAGUAGAGCCAGCUAAUGAUAUCAGCUCCAUUUUCUCCUCUGCUGUUAGUUUCUAGUAUUAAUAUUAUUAUGAAGUGAUAAUCUACAUAACAAAAGGAUACAUAACAAAGGAUUUUGAACAACAAAAGGUUAUUUAAAAGUUCUACGGGAAUCAUUCUUAGUGAAGACAACACAAGUAGUAAUUCUCCAAAAUGAAGAGGGUAGAAGGGAGUCUAGAGUACUGCUUCCCUGCUUAUUAAUCCGUGUCCUCAACCCCGAAUCCCCCAGGCAGCAGUACCGUAGGGCCUCGGGUGCUGUAAUCUUCGAACGCGCAUUAAAUGCAGUUCUUGAAAGAAGGUCAGAGGAUGGGAAGGGUGGUUGUGUGUAGCAGUAGGACCUACUCAGCUUUUACCAAGGCAUGAUCCAAACGCCAUAGAAACAAAGAAAAAGCUUGAGCCUGAUUUCCACAGGCUUGCAAUGAAGCUGCACGAGGCCUGGUCCUGCUGCUAGCCCCUGUCUACCUUGACAUAAAGACAAAUUUAGAGGAUUGUUUAUCUAAGAACAGGGUUGAGCCCUUCCAGUCUUAAGAAAAUACUUAAGCACAUAAAUAAACCCCACUGAUCCAAGUAGAAAACUUAUUUAGCACCAAAUCAGGGUGUUAGGAUUACAUUUGUCUUGGCUGAGAAAUCCCAGAGCUCUUUGUGCCCUCGUAUGAGGCACUAACUCCAAAACCUUGAUACCCUGCUGCUCAAAUGCAUAAUUUAGAGGAGGUAAUGAAUUACCUGUUUGAAUUUGUGUGAUAUUUGAACAUAUCUGAGUACAGAUGAACUACAGUUCCUGUCUGCAUCCUUUUGAAUGGUGGCAAACAGUACACGCACUGCUGUCAACUUUGUAUUUAAAUGACGUUCCUAUAAACGCAAAAAGUACAGGAUGAAGACAAAAAGAGCUGACAUGUACAAAUAGGGUGCGAUCUAAUGUCUGAUUAUAUUCAUGUUCACUUCAAAAAGAGGGAUGCUUGAUAGUUGAGUUAGGCACUAGCUAAAUAGUUUUCAUAUUUACGCUCAGAGUUGGAAAUAUCUCUGCAAUACUUAAGAACUUAAAAUGUAUUGAAAUUCAAUAUGAAAACUGCUGUUUCUAAAAGGAGGCUUAGUACUAAAAAGAAACAAAAAAACCCCAGAAAAACUAAAUGUAGAAGAAAUUAUUCAAACUUUAAGUUUGAUUAUGUGAGUGAGAUAGGUUGCAUCCACUCUAAAUUGCUAUUUUGUUCCCACCACUUCCUCAAAUACACAUUUCCCCAAGGAAUAUUCACAGAACCUACAAGCAACAUAGCAGAAAAUUUACAGCCAAUUCCUUUCUAUUAUUUCACAUUAAAGGGUAUUUUCUGAAGUUUCUCUGCAGACAGUUCUUAAAACUUGAUGUUAGCAAUGGAUACUUUUUUUUUUUCCAUUUUAAACUUGUUGUAUCAUUAUUGUUUUUUAGCGUGAGCAGAUUGUAUUUAUUUGAGAAAAAAAUGUUUGCUGUUUAAAAAGAACAAUAAUUGUAUUGCCAAAAAUAGCUGUAAUUACCUGUGACAUCUGUACUUUUUUUUUUUAUUUUGGUGUGUUAGUUGGUUGUUUUUAAUCUCAAUUUCAACUGCUAAUAACUGUUGAAACAACCACUGCAUUUUAAUUUGCUUACCACAUUAAAUGGAUUUCUCAGAAGUCUGACAAAAAUGGCUCAUAAAUGAUUUAAUAAAGAUGUCAUGCAUCCACA